GCGCUGAAGGAGCGAUUCAAAGUGGACAUCCCGCAUCGCUUCAAGGUCUACAACUUUAAGAGCCCCACGUUUUGCGACCAUUGCGGCUCGAUGCUCUACGGGCUCUUUAAGCAGGGCUUGAAGUGUGAAGUAUGCAACGUGGCGUGCCAUCACAAAUGCGAAAAGUUGAUCCCGAACCUGUGCGGCGUCAACCAGAAGCAGUUGAGCGAGGCGCUGAUGGAGAUCAAGCAGGGCAAACACCCGCAUCAUAGUGUACCGAACAUGUCGUCAAUGAGCCUGGGCGAGAACGGGAAAGCCGGCAACGGGAUGGCCCAAAAAGGGUACGUGAAAGAACUGUGGACAGGCGGGGACAAGAAGUACAACCUGGCCAACUUCACGAUGAACAAGGUGUUGGGCAAGGGAUCCUUUGGAAAGGUGCUGCUCGUCGAACUGAAGGGAAAAGCCGAGUACUACGCGAUGAAAUGCCUGAAGAAGGACGUCAUUUUGGAAGACGACGACACUGAGUGUACAUAUAUCGAGCGACGGGUGCUGAUCCUCGCCUCUCAAUGCCCAUUCCUAUGCCAAAUGUUCUGUUCCUUUCAGACGAAUGAAUACCUGUUCUUCGUGAUGGAAUACCUGAACGGCGGUGAUCUGAUGCACCAUAUUCAACAGGUGAAACGGUUCGACGAGACGCGUACCCGGUUCUACGCCUGCGAGAUCAUCAUCGCCCUCCAGUUCUUGCAUUCGAAUAAUAUCAUCUACAGAGAUCUGAAGCUGGACAACAUUCUGCUUGAUUCUGAGGGUCACGUGAAAUUGGCAGAUUUUGGAAUGGCCAAGACGGAAAUGAAUCGCGAGAACGGGAUGGCGAGCACAUUCUGCGGCACCCCCGAUUACAUCAGCCCCGAGAUCAUCAAGGGGCAACUCUACAACGAGGCCGUCGAUUUUUGGUCUUUUGGCGUUUUGAUGUACGAAAUGUUGGUCGGCCAGUCGCCAUUCCACGGUGAGGGCGAGGACGAGCUGUUCGACUCGAUUCUCAACGAGAGACCCUAUUUCCCAAAGAGCAUCUCCAAAGAGGCGGCAAAGUGCUUGUCGGCGCUGUUCGAUCGUAACCCGAACACUCGACUCGGGAUGCCGGAAUGUCCGGAUGGACCCAUCCGACAGCACGUCUUCUUCCGCGGCGUCGACUGGAAGCGGUUCGAGGCGCGGCAGAUGCAACCGCCCUUCAAGCCCAAUAUUAAAUCGGCAAACGAUGCGUCAAACUUCGACGAGGACUUCACCUCCGAAAAAGCGGCCCUAACCCCGAUACACGACAAGAACCUGCUGGCAUCUAUCGAUCCGGAAGCCUUCCUCAACUUCUCCUACACAAAUCCCGCAUUCAUCAAU